AUGCAGCAACAAUUUGAGCGCAUGAAUGUCGUGUUCAAUGAGAUUCGAGAUCGGUUGGAUAGACAUGAUGAUCGGCUCGAACAACUUCAGCAAGAGCCAUUACCUAGGCAUCGGAGACCCGACCAGCGGCCACAUUUUGCUCCAAAUGUCCCAGAUGAUGACUAUGAUGAUGGGGCGAGCAAUGAAGUGGUCUCCAAUGCUACUUGGAGGAGGGCUAGGGCUAUCAGACCCGAAAGGCCAAGGCAUGUUCAAAGGCAACACCGAGAAAGGGAAGCCGUAGAUCGUAACAUGGGCACCAUCAAGCUGUCCAUUCCUCCAUUUCAAGGUAAAAAUGACCCUGAUGUUUAUAUUGAAUGGGAGAGGAAAGUUGAGUUGGUAUUCAAUUGUCACAAUUACUCGGAGGAGAAGAAAGUGAAGCUUGCUGCGGUGGCUUUUACCGACUAUGCCAUUAUAUGGUGGGAUCAACUGACCCUGAGUAGACGUCGAAACCGUGAGCUUCCCAUCGACAAUUGGGAGGAUAUGAAAGUUGUUAUGAGAAGAAGGUUUGUUCCAUCUCACUAUUAUCGGGACUUACAUUUGAAAUUGCAAAGUCUGAAGCAGGGGUCCAUGACUGUGGAAGACUACCACAAGGAGAUGGAGAUAGCCUUGAUUCGGGCUAACAUUGAGGAGGACCGAGAGGCGACCAUGGCUCGGUUCAUUUGUGGCCUGAACCGUGAGAUUGCCAAUAUUGUUGAGCUGCAUCACUACGUGGAGCUUGACGAUGUGGUACACAUGGCAAUGAAAGUUGAAAGACAACUCAAGAAAGGAGUGCGAUCAUCUUCCAAGUAUGAGGCUGCGAGUUCAUCCCCUUGGAAGCAAAAGUGGGGAUCAUCAAAACCAACUGAGAAAGCAGUUUCAAAAUCAAAGGGAGAGACGAAUGUGGCCAAGACACAACCUAGCAAGAAAGAUAGGGGAUCAGGUCAUAUUGCUUCUCAAUGCCCAAACAAGCGAUCAAUGAUCAUAUUGGAUAAUGGGGAGAUCGAAACUGAAGAGGAAGAUGAAGGAAAUGAGUCCACUCCAUCAGUUGAAGAUACUAGUGAUGUUGAACUUGCUGUUGAUGGCCAAGCUCUUAUUGUGCUGAGAGCUCUCCAUAUGCAAGCCAAAGAAGACGAUGACGGGCUGCAAAGGGAGAACAUCUUCAACACCCGCUGCCAUGUGAAAGAUCGGGUAUGCGGUUUGAUUAUUGAUGGUGGCAGCUGUGUUAAUGUGUGGAGAAAUGAAGGUAACCAAGCUGGUCCUUAUUUCAUUUACGAUUGGAAGGAUUUUAAGGAUGUCUUUUCCGAGGAUACGCCACCUGGGUUACCACCCAAAAGAGGAAUCGAGCAUAAAAUUGAUCUCAUUCCGGGAGCUUCCAUUCCAAACCGACCAGCUUAUCGAAGUAGUCUAGAAGAGACCAAAGAGCUUCAAAGGCAAGUCGAAGAACUUAUGACCAAAGGACAUGUUCAUGAAAGCAUGAGUCCCUGUGCUAUUCCUGUGCUGCUGGUUCCAAAGAAAGAUGGGACUUGGAGGAUGUGCGUGGAUUGUCGAGCUGUAAACAAGAUAACGGUAAAGUAUCGUCACCCUAUUCCUCGCUUAGAUGACAUGCUUGAUGAAUUACAUGGAUCCACUAUAUUUUCUAAGAUUGAUUUGAAGAGUGGGUAUAAUCAAAUUUGA